GGCCGCGCUCCCCUCCUCCAUUCAUUCCAGCCUGCUUCGCGGCACGGACCCCGGGGGCGGAGGGGCGCCCGCCUGCCUUGUGCGAGCGCGUCGGCGGCCGGCUCUCGCCCUCCCAUUUCAUCGCGAUCAGGAGGGGGGCUGUCCAGCGGCGCUGCGCUCGGGACUUUGCCGAGAACUUUGGGGCAGCCCGAGUCGAGCGGGGCGAUGGCCGACCCGGUGGUCAACGCGCACCUGGAAGGGAUCAUCUCCGACUUCGAAGCUCUGAAGAGAUCCUUUGAGGUUGAAGAAGUAGAUCAGCCAUCCAAUUCUUCCACUCCACAAAGAAGAACACCCAACCCUCUUGGUCGGUCUGCAGUAUCCAGCUCCACACAGAAAUUCCAGGAGCUUGGCACCAGGAAUUCAGAGAGUCCUUCCAGACAUGUGGAGUCUUCUGCACAAAGGUCUCCUAAGUCCUCUCUGAGGAGAGUUGAGCUCUCUGGACCAAAACAUCCUGAGACAGUGUCCAGAAGAACAGAAAUCUCCAUUGAUAUCUCAUCAAAGCAAGUGGAAAACUCCAGUUCAGGAGCGUCAAGAUUUGGCCUCAAGAGAGCAGAUGUGUUGGGGCACAAGCCCCCUGAGACUGCUCCAAGAAGGACUGAGAUCAAUAUAGGGAAGCCCCAGGACCAAGCUCUUCGCAGAAUGGAAGUCCCUUCAAAGAUUCCUGAACCAACACAACGCAGAGUUGAAGCUACUAGUCCACCUAUGCCUGAUGUUGCCACCAAACGUGUGGAGAUCCAGGUAACAAAAUCUUCAGAGGUUCCAGUACCACCAGUCAGGCAGACUGAAAAUGUGGAGCUUUUCUCAGCCAAUCAGCAUCCGCCAACAGAAACAAAGUUACAAUUAGCAGUGACUGAAAUCCCACCCAAAAGCCAAGAAGCAGGCCCUGAGGCUGCUCCCAGCUUCCCAAGCAACAUGAUGGAUGCCGCUCGGGAUGCUGGCCUCAAGCAAGCCGCACCAGCACGGACAGAGAAACCGGCUGCUGACUUCGCCUAUGUUGGGAUAGAUGCCAUCCUGGAGCAGAUGCGGAGGAAGGCCAUGAAGCAAGGGUUUGAGUUCAACAUCAUGGUGGUUGGUCAGAGUGGCUUGGGAAAAUCCACUCUAAUCAAUACUCUUUUCAAAUCGAAAAUCAGCCGCAAAUCUGUGCAGCCAAGUUCUGAAGAGCGGAUCCCCAAGACCAUUGAAAUCAAGUCCAUCACACAUGAAAUUGAGGAAAAAGGUGUUCGCAUGAAGCUGACUGUCAUUGAUACCCCAGGAUUUGGAGACCAUAUCAAUAAUGAGAAUUGUUGGCAACCCAUUAUGAAGUUCAUCAAUGACCAGUAUGAGAAGUACCUCCAGGAAGAGCUUAAUAUUAACCGGAAGAAGCGGAUACCAGACAGCAGAGUCCACUGUUGUAUAUACUUCAUCCCCGCCACCGGCCACUCCCUCCGGCCUCUGGACAUCGAAUUCAUGAGGCGCUUGAGCAAAGUGGUCAACAUUGUGCCUGUUAUCGCCAAGGCGGACACGUUAACACUGGAGGAGAGGGACUACUUCAAGCAGAGGAUCACAGCAGAUCUCCUUGCCAAUGGCAUUGAUGUGUAUCCCCAGAAACAGUUUGAUGAAGACUCUGAAGACCGACUAAUAAAUGAAAAGUUUAGAGAAAUGAUUCCAUUUGCUGUGGUGGGAAGUGACCAGGAAUACCAGAUUAAUGGAAGGCGAAUUCUGGGAAGGAAGACUAAGUGGGGCACAAUUGAAGUUGAGAAUACGACGCACUGCGAGUUUGCUUACUUGCGGGAUCUUCUGAUCAGGACACACAUGCAAAACAUCAAGGACAUUACCAGCAGCAUCCAUUUUGAAGCCUACAGAGUCAAACGCUUGAACGAAGGCCAGAAUAUGCUCUCCAAUGGUGUAGCUGACAAAGAGGAGUUGGUGGCCAAUGAAAUGUAACACUCCAAACCUGAGUUAGGACCCGAUUUACUCUUUUCCCCCCUUCUGCUUUCUCUCUUCUUUAAAAAAAAUCAUAUAAGCCUUCCGUUGGGGCUUCACUGUUCUUCUCUCCUUUCUGCCAAUGAUACACACGCUGCUGAUGUUAACUGACCAAAUAACAGUAUUUCCUUUAAUAAAUGUACUCUCUCUUUUCCAGUCUCUGUGGUGUUAAACAUCUCUUCUGUCCUUCCCUUUAAGGUGUAGCAGUAGACAAGAAGGGAGGGGUGAGUUUGCAGCUAAUGUCAACAGGAGAAGGUUUUCUUGGUUUCAUGUUCAGCAUCAGUUGUAGCCAUCCUCUGUGAUGGGUCAGCACGACUUUUCUUGGAGCUCAGUGGUGGAACUCCCAUUGAUUGUAGCAAUCUUAGGCUCUUGAGGCUGAGGGAGCAGGAGCUGAGCUUUUCCCUCUUGGAAUGGAAUCGUACUUGCACAGACAUCUUGCCUACUGAAGAAGCCUGGAGGUUCCUCAUGUAGACCCAUAGAGUCCGGGGUGAGGCUGCAGUCAGGAGAAAAGGGGAUGUCUCCCAUUCCUUACCUUGUUUAUGAAGCCUCACCCUGAGAAGAGAGUGAGGCACAUCUGGACAUGGCAGCUUUCUUUAGCAACUUUAUUCAUUUUGGCCUGGUGAGAAGUUCAGAUGGAUGCUAGAUAGGACGUGUCACAGCAUCUUCCUACUGCAUGCAAGGAGGAGGAGAAACUUAGAGAGGAGCCCAUUACUGCCUUCCCUGUUUCAGUUGCUCAGGUCUAAGGAAAUCUUUCUGAGCUUUUUCAUUUACCUAGUGCCAAAAGUUUACUCUUUCGUAUGUUGAGGUGGGAGGGAUCUGCUUUGCUAGCAUAUCUUCUCCCUCCCUCCCUCCCUCCCUCCCUCCCUCCGUGUGUGUGUGUGUGUCUGUGUAAAACUCCGUCCACUUCAGGUGAUUUUUUUAAUGAUUAGAUAAGGCUUUUUAUAAUGAGGGUAGAGUGAUCCAGAGAUUAGUUAUGACCAUGUGUAACCAUUCCACUCGGCACUAGGCAACUCUUACUCCAGUGUGUCUCAUCUCUAUCCCCUUUCCUUGAAAAAAAAAACAGCAAUAACAUGAAGCCACUUUGCUCAUUAGAAAAGAGGAAGUGGCCAGUUGUGGGAUAAAUCAUGUCAAUUCUAUUAAAGACAGGCUGCUCUUGGUAAGUGUAGAUCACUCUGAAUCUCAGAAGGGGAGUCCUCUUCCUCGCAAUAUUCCCCUCCAUCAGGGCUGGCACCCCAAACCCUGCUGCUUCCUCAGAAGUGCAUGUGUUAAUCCAUUACACUCAUCCGUUCAGACUUUGUUCAAAUGUUCAGUGUAUGCUUGCCUGUUACAGAGGCUCAAACCAUUUAUGCAAAGCCAAUGUAGAAGAGUCUUGUCCUUAGAAUCAUUAGGCUGACCUUUCCAACAUCUUUGAGAGUAUAGAGAAGCUCUAGGUCUGGAUAGUCUAGCUUUUCUUGGUGUGCAAUUUCUGUGUGUAACCCUUUGAAGUGAGGCUAAAACUCCCAGGCGUACAUAUGUAGACAUGCUGUACGUGUUGUUCAUCUUGUGAAAAGCUGUAUUGCAUGGAAACCGGAGACCAGGAUUUUGCAUGCCUUCUGCAACAUACAGCUCUUGAUCAAAGGUCCAGUGUAGUUGAGAGAGCCCUCUGAAGAUGCAACAGAUGCAGUUGCUCCAUAACAGUGGAGGAAUUAAAAACCCCGCAGUUGCUAACUGUAAACCCAAAUCAGAGAGACAGAACCCUUGUUUCUUUAUGCCAUCUAAUCCAGAGAGCCAAUAUAUCCCAGCCUUCCCUUCUUUGGAAGGAAAUAAUCUUUGUAGUCAGCUCUGCAGAACAGCUCUUUUGGUGCCACAUACUGGUAGAUUCACCACAGCUCAGAAAGCACCAGCCAAACUGGCCUCUUGUGGAGCCCUCAAAAAAAGGAAGGGUGUGUUGGCUCGGGGCUUUCAUACAAGGCCCAUCUUCAAUUUCCCUCCUGUUCAUUCAGGCCCCAUUGUGACCCACUCUCAGGAUGAACACCUUACAGGAAUGUUCACACGCCACAGUCCGAUGCCUGCAGAUGGCCAGCUUUUCCCUCUUGCAGGUCUUCUUAGUUAUACCAUAGAAACUGUUCUGCACUCAAGACUUCCUAUGACCUCAUUUGCUGCUUCCAUCCUGCCCAUGACAAAUGUUUUUCUUUCAUGAGUCCACAUUAUCAGACAUUUUGUUCUGUUUUGUUUGGUAAUACAUGUCCUGAUGAAUAAACUUCCAAAUAUUCUUUAUUCAGAGGCGCUCAUAAAUUUUGUGCUGCAAGUAAAUCUAAACCGCCCUUUUAACAUUUAUGUUGUCCUUCCCAAACUAAAAACAAAAACGGCGGAAACUUAACUGAGCUGUGUUAAGCUGAGGAAAAUUAUUUUUUUUACUUGCUGACUUGCUAUAUUUUAGCAAAAUAAAAAUUGUGUAUUAACUAAAAUAUAUAUAUUUCAAGUGUUUAAGACUAUGAAAUGGAGAAUGUCAUUUUUCCUAAAUACACUUCAGGAAAAAAGCAUCAUAUCUUACUUGCCAAUAUCUCAGCCAGCAAAAGCAAAACAGAAAUGACAUUCUCCUUUUAUAUUGUACUUUGGAGUGGGAGGGGAGGGAUUACUGAAUAAAACCAAAAAAUUCAUCCACGUCUAAAAAAUGACUUUUUGAGGAUUGUAUGCAUUAUGACAAAAUUAGUCCAGUUUUGUAUAAAUAAUAGUGUUUAAUAUGUAUUUCCCAAAAAUAAAUGUUUCAAAUGGAAAAU